AUGAACAGCUUGGUGACUCUGGAGCAGGGAAGAGAGGAGGCCUGGGGACAGAGGGAGGUGGCCGGCGUGGGGGAGGGUGCCAGCUCGCUGGAGGCUGGGGGAGGAAAUGCCGGACGGAAACCGCCGCUACUAUGGAGACUCCAUCCCACCCUGGGGAUCCUGGGGGGACCCCCGCUGCUCUACACCCAGACUCCAGGGCCGUGCUGGGGGCCAGGGCCACAGAGCCUCCCUGUGGAGGCCAAGGCCGAGAUGGAGGCUGCCCCGGGGCACGACUCCCUGCCUGGAGAGGAGAGCAGACAAAGGCCCAGCCCGGGAGGAGGCCGGCACCCAGGCCCCCGCUGGGGGCAUCGCACACCGCCGCGGCCCCCACGGCCCGGCGUCCCCGGCCCCGCGGCCCCGGGCCACCCCCGGGCUGCGUCGCGGACACGCAGGGUCGCCCGCAGCCCCCCGGCCCGCCGCGCCCCGCCCGCUCCGUUACCCGCGGCCGGCCGCCCGCCCGGGCCUCCGCCUGCUGUCCCGCCGCGGUCUCGCCGGCCCGCGCGCAGGAAGGGAGGGAGCGAGCGCGGCGGCGUGGCCGGGGGAGGGGGCGCGGGGACGGCACUUCCUGAGCCGCCUGCCAGGGUUAUAAAAAAACCCCCAAACCGCGCGCCGCCAGGACCCCGCCCGCCGCCGCCCGGCCUGGGCCGCGGGCUGGACCCGAGCCAGGGCCCCGGGAGCUCGGGCGGCCCCGCCCGGACCGGCGCCCCGCCGGGGGGGCGGGGGAGGGGUGGGGGCAGGGGGGGCGACCCGGCCUCUGGGCGCCCGUCCAGGAGGCUGGAGCUCCUGGACAGGAUGAGGCGGUGA